CUAGCCCUUGGGUGCGAUACUUACAAUGGAAGUAAUAGCGUAACUGGUGCACAAAGAUGGUGGCGGAAGAUACUUAACACAUUCAACCAGCUGGAUAUGCUAGACAGGGAUAGACUCCAAGUCGCAGAAGAGCUACUUACAGGAACUCCACGCAUAGGAUGGGAGCAGACUAAGAGAACUUUGAGCAAACCCAAAUGGUCCAUAUUCGUGCGAGGAUUUAUUCAUAGCCAUAUCCCACUAUUAGACUGUCAACUCGCAAAUGAUAUCUUUUUCAAUAUCAAGCAAGGUAAUGGAAAGGUCCAUGAGUUUGAAGAAGCACUAUGGAGAUAUUCUGCACUGGUGCCAGAUUAUGCUACCUCGGAAAACACCUUGUGUGGGCAAUUCAUAACCGGCAUGAAUUCCAACAUUCGUCGUCUUUUAGGAGUGAUUGACAUUGACAAAUUCAAGGCAUUGGUGUUCGCAGCUGAAGAAAUAGAGACGAUCCUCCAAGGUAAACAACGGAAACUUGGUGCUACUAUUGAAAAAGGAAAGGAACAAGCUACCACGUCAAAGCCUAGUAGUAGAAAAAGAAAAAGUGCCGAUGGCUCGAAGAGAAGACCUCAAGACAAGGAAAACUAGAAAUAGAUAGUGACGUCCGUUCGUUGAACGUAUGUGAGCUGUUAAGAUCAUUGUUCUCCCAACGAACUCUAAGGUAAUAAGCUAUGGCGUCCAUC